AUGCAGGACACACAGAAGAAGCCUUCAGCCCUGCCAAGAGAGCUCUCAAAGCUAGGUCUGGGCAGUGAUGUGGAGCUGGAGCUACAGACUCUUCAGCUGCACGUGGAUUACAGGGCGGCAGGGCAGAGGGUCGCCAGAAUCUGGGAAGAUCUCCAACCACAGCUCACCGUCCAUGUGGGCAUGGACACCUCUGGCAAAGCAAUUGUUCUAGAACAGUGUGGCAAGAACCGAGGUUACCGGGAUGCUGAUGUCCGGGGCUUCCGGCCUGAGGAUGGUGUGUGCCUCCCAGGAGGCCCAGAAGUGAUCACAUCUGUGGUCAGCAUGAAGACAGUAUGCAGAUGCAUUGUCAUUGAGGAUAUCGAGGUGGCCUUUUCCCGAGAUGCAGGCAGAUAUGUCUGCGAUUACACCUAUUACCUGUCCCUGCAUCAUGGAUGUGGGUCUGCCGCUCUCAUUCAUGUCCCUCCACUGUCGCUGCGGGUCUCGGCCAGCCUGCUGGGAAGAGCCUUGCAAAUCAUCAUCCGGAAAAUGCUAGAAGAGGUGAGAAAGCCCAGGAGCAAAGCCUGA